CCUAAUUUCACCUUCUUCUCUCAGCUAGGGUUUUCGUGGGCAGACGCGGAUCUUCUUCCACCAGGUUUAAGUUCCGUGCUGUAGCGAUUUGAGUGUUUCCAGAAUAAAAUGGCGGUCCCGUUGCUGAGCAAGAAGAUCAUCAAGAAGCGUGUCAAGAAGUUCAAGAGGCCCCAGAGUGACCGAAAGAUCUCUGUCAAGGAAAACUGGAGGAGGCCAAAGGGUAUCGAUUCACGAGUUAGGAGAAAGUUCAAGGGAUGCACACUUAUGCCCAACAUUGGAUACGGAUCAGACAAGAAGACCCGUCACUAUCUCCCCAACGGAUUCAAGAAGUUUGUUGUGCACAACGCCAGCGAGCUCGAGCUUCUCAUGAUGCACAACAGGACUUACUGUGCCGAGAUUGCCCACAACGUCUCGACGAAGAAGAGGAAGGAGAUUGUCGAGCGUGCUGCCCAGUUGGACGUUGUGGUCACUAACAGGUUGGCUAGGUUGCGCAGUCAAGAAGACGAGUGAUGUGUGUUUUAUUUUCCCUUUGUGCCAUCAUAUCUAUCUCUCUUCUUGGUUACAUUCCUGGAUUAUAUUGUUUGUUUUGUUGGUCAAGAUUUUGAUGUUGUCUUUGAACUCAAAGUCUUCAGUUUUAAAACAUGAGACCAAACUGAAUCUUGUUUUGCCUUUUUCACCUUCUUCA